AUGGCUGUCCCUCCAGAGCCUCCCUCCAACCAGUCAUCCGCCAACAUAGCAGACGAAAAAGUCGGCAUUCCCAGCUAUUUGGAGCCGGAGAAGACGUCACGAGUCGACGAUACCUCAUCCGACACUAUCGCCGAGAGGGUAGACCAUACAGUCGAACAGAACGUGGAAUCGCAGCACGGCCACUACGAGACCAGACAAAUAACAACCAGACAGGGCGAAGCUAAAACCUGCAAGAUCGUAUGCUUCAGCGCCAAUGACCCGACCAACCCCAAGAACUGGUCCAAGGCCCGAAAGUGGACCGUCACUCUCACCUUGAGCUGGGUAUGCUUCGCUGUUGCGUUUGCCUCGGCCGUCAUAACUCCGGGCAUCGUUGGUGUUGUUGAGCGCUUCGAUACGUCUGAUGAAGUCGCUUUGCUGACCAUCACUCUCUUCGUGUACGGCUUUGGCAUUGGACGUGGGUCAACCGUUCUUACUCCCCUGGUAGACAACUUUAUUGACAGCGAGACAGCUCUUGUGUUUAGUCCCUUGUCGGAACUUGAUGGGAGACGCAUCAUUUAUCUACUGACGUUUGGCAUGGCUGUUAUCUUCAUAGUCCCGUGCGCCGUGGCUCAGAAUAUCGAGACGUUGCUGGUGUGUCGGGCCAUUGAUGGCAUCGCUAUGAGUGUGCCCGUUGCAAAUAUUGGCGGUAGUCUCGCAGAUAUGUGGCGACCUGAAGAGCGCGGAGUUCCAAUGACAGCGUUCAGUGCUGCCCCUUUCCUGGGACCGAUCAUGGGUCCGAUGAUUGGCGGCUUCGUGUUCGAGAACAAAGGAUGGCGCUGGCUGUACUGGCUGCAACUUAUUCUCUGCGGUUUCCUUUUUGUGUGUAUGGUCGUCCUUGUCCCCGAAACAUAUGCCCCUGUCAUUCUCGAAAAGAGAGCCAAGAAGCUUCGGAAGCAGACUGGGGACGAUAGUUACGUUGCGGAGCACGAACUUGCCCAGCACACGUUUGGGGAAAUUGCACAGAUCUAUCUUGCCCGGCCUCUCAGGCUUCUGGCGACGGAGCCGAUUGUCACGCUGUUCGCCAUCUAUGCAGCAAUUCUGUAUGGCCUUCUUUACAUGUUCUUCGUGGCGUAUCCGAUUGUCUUCGAAGAGGGCAAAGGCUACUCGCCUGGCAUCGCAGGGCUCAUGUUUAUCCCCAUCUCUGGAGGCAUCGUCGUCGGCCUCGUCGGCGCACCCUUUGUGAACGCACACUACAACAAACUUCGAUCGCAGCACACCGGUCAUCCACCGCCUGAGCUCCGAUUGAUUCCUAUGAUCUGGAGUUGCUGGUUAAUCCCAAUUGGUGUCUUCAUUUUUGCAUGGACCUCUUACGAUAACCUGACAUGGGUUGGACCAUGCCUCGCCGGUCUUCCAAUCGGCAUCGGAUUCGUCUUUCUCUACAAUUCAUUCAACAACUAUAUUGUAGAUGCAUAUCAGCACACAGCAGCUUCAGCGCUCGUUGCGAAGACGCUUGUUCGUUCGAUUUGGGGUGGAUCGACUGUUCUUUUCACUACGCAGAUGUAUCACAAUCUCAAUCCGAGAUGGGCAUCAUCUUUGCUGGGCUUCCUUGCUUUAGCUUGCUGCUUCAUUCCCAUCGUCUUUUAUAAAUACGGUGCCGCCAUUCGCAAGCACUCGAAAUACGCCUACUCGGGGGAGUAG